AGUUAUCACUAUAUUUCCAUCUUCUUUUUUAUAUAAUAUUUUAGAUAAUUUUAACGCUUUUGUUUUCUCAAUCUCUUCUUUUCUUUCUCCGAUGGCCGAACAUCAGCCGUACCAGCAGUCCCACCAGCAGCCCGGUUCUCAGCCGCGCUACCAAGUUGUCAAGGCUGCCACCGCUGCCACCGCUGGUGGCUCUCUCCUCGUUCUCUCCGGCCUCAUCCUUGCCGGAACUGUCAUUGCUCUGACCAUCGCCACCCCACUGCUCGUCAUUUUCAGCCCGGUUCUUGUCCCGGCUGUGAUCACCGUUUCUCUUCUUAUAAUGGGGUUCUUGGCGUCCGGCGGGUUUGGGGUCGCUGGCAUUACUGUCUUUUCAUGGAUCUAUAGGUAUGUGACAGGGAAACACCCACCAGGUGCGGAUCAACUAGAUCUAGCUCGACACAAGCUAGCGAGUAAAGCUCGAGAAAUGAAGGACCGGGCCGAGCAAUUUGGACAGCAACACACUUCUGGCCCUCAGACUUCUUAAAAGAACAAAGACAUAACAAUGGGUUUGUCUUCCCCUUUUUUUUGGUUGUGUGUUUUCUCUUUGGAAGUGUCUACGUUAAUUUCUAUGUUAAAAUGUCUUCUUCUGUACAGAAAGCUAUUCAAUUAGCUUUCUCUUUAGUGUCUUUGUAAGGGACCUUUCCUUUUCUCUUCCUCUCUCUUCUGUACGUACUCUCAUUUGGUUUUUUUUUUUUUUUUCUGAUGAUCGAAGAACUGAAAUGGUUGAGUACUUCUUGGAUUUGAGUUUGAAUAAUAUAUAAUGUGUAUUGUUUCUCAAUUCAGAUA